AUGAAUUUCAUUUUUCUUUGCAUCUCCCUAGCAUCAGCUACUAUUUCUCUCAAUCUCCACUCAAUUUACAAAUCCAAGGAAGAAGCCCUUGAAAAACGCUUCAAGCGGUAUGCAAAUUCCAAAAGAUUUCUGUCGGCAUCAUCUGAUAUCACUAACUAUAAAAAUGUAACCCACAUUUAGCUCCAAUAUUAUGCAAGUUUCACAUUUGGGACACCAGCUCAAACCUUAACAUGUCUUCUUGACACAGGAAGUACAUGAAUUUGGGUGCCACAAAAAGGCUGCACUACUUGUGGGACGCCAGAAACUUAUUAUGAUCCUUCGAAAUCCUCAACAUAUUACAACACGACAACCUACACUUCAUUGACUUAUUUGAAAGGGUCUUCGACAGGGUAUAUAAGCACUGAGACAAUUGGUUUAGAGGACGGGACAAAAGUUACAGGUCAGUAUUUUAUUUCAGUUUAUGCAGAAACUGAUGCAAGUGGAUAUAUUCCUGAUGGACUUGUAGGUUUAGGGUUUGACGUACUAAGCGAUGGAUACCCAUCACUUAUGACAACCCUAAAAGCCCAAGGAUUAAUUUCUAAGCGCCAAUUCGCAAUAUUCCUUGGGGAUAACGAUUGGGGUGCCAGCAGCGAAUCGUUGGCUUCAAAUAUAAUGAUUGAUGGGUACGAUUUAGCAAAAUACUCAACGGUUACUGAAUUUCAUUAUAUUCCAUUAGCUAGCAGCAGAAAUAUACAUUAAAAUGGCGACACGUGCCAACCUGCCAUAAGCGCAACAGUCCAGACCUUAUAAUCACGGCAAACUGAACGAACUCAGAGUCAAGAAUCAAGUGCAGACGCCUGAGUAGGUUUUGGCCGCUUUCCUGUGGUUGGAAAUGGAGGUUCUCAACACGUCCUUUUCGAUCCGAGGACCAUAGGCAUUCCUCUACUUAAAAAUUGGGGGUUUCGGCCCAGGCCAAAGGGGAGUAGUCUCUUUCCUGUAGCUGUCGAAGGAAGGCACCCGAAACUCCAAGAGAUUGAUUCUUUGAAUCAAGCUACUCCAAUCGUCCGUAGCAGCAGAAAUCAAUAACGCCAAUCAAGACUGAAGCCGCAAGGCAAGGAGGAAACAGAAGGUACCAGAAGUGGCAUCACAUUCGGGGGAAAGACCCUCUGGACUGGAGUCGAAAAGCGGAGAAUCUCCCGUACGUUAGGUUUUUGAUGACUGCAUCACGAAUAUGGCUAACACCAGACUUUAAUAACCUAGCCUAACCUAGCUGUCAACAGAGGCUAUUGGGAAGUUGACUGCGACUCUGUAAAAGCGGCUGGAACCAAAAUAAGCUCUUCUACGACUGCAGUUAUUGAUACAGGAACAAGCCUUAUAUAUGGCCCUUUAAAUGACGUUAAUGAUUUCUUAUAUAUGCUAAUAAAGGACUACAAUUGCUAUAAUACGAAUAUUGGCGUUGUCUGCUCCUGCAAUCAUAUCAGCAGCUUACCUUCAAUUACAUUUGAAUUGGAUAACAUAGACUUUGAAGUUACUGCUGAUAAGUAUAUGGUAGAAGAGUAUAAAGGCUACUGCGUUGUAGAGAUUGGAGGCUCAUCAAGUUUAGACUUUUGGCUCUUAGGAGAUAUAUUUAAUUAAUUGAAAACUCUGUCAUUCCUCUAUUAAUAAUUAUAGAUUAAGAAAUAAUUCCAAAGGGCUAAUCACAUAAUUAGGCAUAUUUUCAUAAGGCAAUAUUAUAUUAACUAUGAUAUGGAUGGAAAAAGAAUAGGCUUUGCUAUAAAAGCUCCAAGCUCAUCAUCAUCGUCAUCGUCGUCGUCAUCAAUUGCUGGGUGGAAGAUUGCUGUAAUUGUAUGCACCAUUGGAGGAGUUGCACUUAUUAUUGCAGUUAUAGUACUGGUUACGUGCAUAAGACAUAGAAUAAACAUGAAAAAUAGUAAUGCAGGGGGAAGAGAAAUUGUGGUGAAUGCUACUGUUAGCCAACCACAGAUGUAUCAAAAUCAGCCACCUCAGGCAGGAGGACAGGCAAUUAUAGUAGGUCAGCCAAUACCAGGAGGUCAAGGACAAGGACAGCCAAUGCAGUAUCCGGUCUCAUAUCCUUACCAACCUUCUGGACCUCAGGGAAUAGUACAAAACCAACAAUAUGGGGCCAAUGGCCAACCUGGAUUAUUUCAGCCAGUAGUAGCCCAACCAAAUAAUCAAAAUAGCAUGUAG